CUGGACAGGCAUGCGCCCCUGCUUUGGGGAGGGUCGAUGAGCUCCGGGGCGUUUUGCGGGGUUUGCUGUCUUCUCACCUGAGGGCAAAACUCCGGCAAAGUCAGCACGUGCGGGAGGAAGAUGAGUUCCAGCUUGACCGCAGGUCCAGGCAGUGACGCCGCGGCGGGGGCCCGGACGGUGGCUGCGAGGGCCGGGGUCGCCGCGCCGCCCCUGCGUGAUGGGCUUUUGGUAGUGAAAGUGGAGGAAGACUCACCGGGAGGUCUGGAGUCCGCAGCGCCCCGGGACUGUCAGGAUCCCGAAACUUCUCGACGGCGUUUUAGGCAGUUCCGUUACCAGGAGGUGGCCGGACCCGAAGAGGCGCUGAGCCGGCUCAGGCAACUUUGUCGUCGGUGGCUGAGGCCUGAGAUGCACUCGAAGGAGCAGAUCCUGGAGCUGCUGGUGCUGGAGCAGUUCCUGACCAUCCUGCCCCGGGAGCUCCAGGCCUGGGUGCGGAAGCACUGCCCGGAGAGCGGAGAGGCGGCGGCGGCCACUGUGCGCGCCUUUCAGAGAGCGCUAGAUGGGUCCUCACCCCAGCUGAGGAGUGAACGUGGGUUGGUGCCGGUCGAGGACGUGGCUGUGUCUCUAACCUGGGAGGAGUGGGAGCAGCUAGACCCAGCUCAGAGGGACUUCCACAGGGAGAGCGCACCAAAGGAUCACGGGAACACGGUCUCGCCGAGUUUGGAAACCAGAACCAAGAACAAAGAGUUGAUUCCAAAGCAAGAAAUUCUAGAAGAAGUAGAGCCACAGGGGAAACUACGAGAAGGUUCCCAGGGGAGGGCUCCCUUGCUUUCAGAGUGUUGUGAUACCCACGAGGACAGGGUAAAAAAGCAGUCGGGAGACCCCUCCUUGCUGAAACUUGAAAAUUCUCCUGAAGAGCAAGGACUCACCAGCAUCUCAGAUCUCAAGAAUGGUCCCACAGAAGAGGGAGACUCCAAAUAUAAUGAAUUUGGGAAUAGUGCCAGAAGUUCAGACUUGGUUCAUUGUCAGUGUGUCCAGGCAGUAGAGAGGCCCGUUAACGGUGAUGAACGUGGGAGCAACUGCAAACAGAGUUUAGACAGGGUGAAACAUCCAGCAGUGAGACCUUACAAAUCUACUGACAGUGAUGAAAAUUUCCAUAGUCCAGGCCUUUUUAAGACCCAGCGGCGGUUCCAGGAAGAAAGACCUUAUACAUGUGAUAACUGUGGGAAGAGUUUCAAACAGCGUUCGGACCUCUUUAAACACCAGAGGAUCCACACUGGGGAGAAACCCUACAAAUGCCAAGACUGUGAGAAGAGCUUCAGUCAGAGUGCUGCCCUGAUUAAACACCAGAGGACACACACAGGGGAAAAGCCAUACACGUGUUCCAAAUGUGGGGAUAGCUUCAGACAGAGCUCACAUCUCAAUCGGCAUCAAAGAAUCCACAUGGGAGAGAAACACUAUCAAUGUAACGAGUGUGGGGAAACCUGCCGUAUUUCCAGCCGCUUUAGACAUCAGAGACUACACAAAGGGGAGAGACCCUAUACAUGUGAAGAGUGCAAGAAGAGCUUCAAACGGUGCUCUGACCUCUCGAAACAUCAGAGAAUCCACACCGGGGAGAAACCUUAUGGAUGUUCUGUGUGUGGGAAGCGCUUCAGUCAGAGUGCAACCCUCAUUACACACCAGAGAACUCACACUGGAGAAAAGCCUUAUAUAUGUCUUGACUGUGGGGAAAGCUUUAGACAGAGUCCACACCUUAUCCGACAUCAAAGAAUCCACAUAAAUAAAGUCCCAUCAUUUUGACAUGCUUCUGCAUGAGCCGUGUUCUUUCUUUCUUUCUUGGUUGUUUUCAUUGCUCAGAAACUACAUUCUUUGGCUUUGAGAGUAUUUCAGCCAAUCGUGGAUCAUAUUUCCUUGGGCAUCACACCCAAGAUAGAUUCAAUCUGACUUAAGUCUCGAUACAAACAUUGAUAAAGUAUGGCUGUGA